AAAGGAUGUCCUCGUUGCUGUCAGUAACACAGAACGUGUCGAAGCCCUGAGACAAGCUUCUGAGCUUGAGCUUGCGAGAGCUAACCUUGUAAACAAAAAUCUUCACCAAACGUGCGAACGUCAGCAGAAGCUACUGGGCGACACAUCAGAUGAACUGAAAACUACAAAGGAAAGAUAUGAAGCGACAUUUAACGAGGUUAUAAAUAACUGGAGAGAAGCAAAACGGAAAUGGACGGAAAGAGAAUCGGAACUGCUUCAAGAAAUAAGUUACCUGACCCAAACAACCAAGUUGCUGCAAGACGAUCUGUACAAUGUACAAACACGUCUAGCAAAUUCUGAGCAAGAGCACAAUGAACUAGUGAAUACGACAAAACGAUUGAGAGAGGAACUGGACACCGUAUCCAAGGAGAAGUUGCAAAUUACCGACAUGUUGAAUGUAAACUUAAAUAAGCAACUGGAAGACACUACAAUUUUGGAGAAGUAUCAGAAACUGUGUACAAAAUACCAGCUCAAGGAUAGUCAACUUGAAAAACUGCAUUCAAUUCUACCCCGAGUGGUAGAAGGUGCUGUAACCAAAGCCGUGGAGACUGUCCAUUCUGUUGCCAAGUCCCAACUCAGUAAAGCCAACGGGCGACUUGAGAUGGCUGAACAGCGUCUGGAACAACAAAUGAAGAGAUUGCGGGAGCUGGAACUCGCGAAUCAUUACUUGAAGGAGCGUCUUGCACAAAACGAACCGAACGAUAUUCAGCCGACACUCCGUCCUGACGCUCAAAGUUCCCCGGUGAGAUAUGAGUCCGUUGUACAAGUAUGUCCAGCCGAGCGCAUCUCAUGCAAAGCAGUGGGCAGUGAAGACAAUGAACAAAUUAAACUUCUCGCUGAACGCUGGAGAGAGGAACAAAAGUGGCUUGGAGCUGAAUUAGAGCGCAUUGCUUCAAAGUUGGAACAGACUAUUCAAGCGUUUGAAGUGAAGCCAGAGAAGAUGACUGUGACAAACAGAGUGCGUGAACGACCUAAGUCUAGCACGACCAUUCGAGCACCAUCGACGUCCCUUGAAGAAACAAACCUCAAGAGAAAAUCUGGCCCAAUACUUCGACAAAAUAUUCGACGAGUUGAGAAGAAACCCAACAAACUGGAGAAUAUUGCAGAUGGACGUAAUAAACUUGAAACAUUGAUUUCUAAGAUUUCGGAUGCUUUGGAAUCGAAAUCUCCACAACCCAUCGCCAGUUCACUUCACUUGAGGGAAGAUCUGGAGGCAAUGAAAUGUGAGAACCAGCGCCUUCGCAAACGUUUGGUCCAGCUGAAGUCCCAGUCAUCAUUAACAGAAGCAAAGAAAAGUCAGAGUUCAAGUUGUCAGCCCGCACCUCGCUCACCGCGCUCGGGGGAAGGUUGUUGUCACGUAGUAGCAAAGUCACGUACGUCGUCAAUGCAAGCACUGGAAUCACGCUGCUUCCAGGCUUGUCGUGAAGCCGAGCGCUGGCGUCGUAAGUGGAAAGAGCAACAGGUGGAAUUACAAAUCCAGCGCGAACGUUUGCAAACGUUGCAAGUCAACCAAAAAGCCGAUCAAAAGCUUCGCCAAGAGUUCCUACAUUCUGUCUGUCAGCUGGUUCAGCAAGCUUCCAGGCAUAUCGAUCGUGUUGUGCAAAAGCAUCUAAGUAGCUUGAAGAAAGGUGACGUACAGCUCACAAAGAUGUCCGCAUCACCCUGUCAUAUGCUGCCUGAUCCCACAAAGCGAAGGAAAAAGGCGUAUAUUCCCUCCGCUAUGGACCCAACCGUGUCAUCACUUCAAACGCCUUCGAAGAAAAGUGACGUGCGCUUUGAUCCCACUGGAGAUGGUCAGUCCAUCCAUUCGAAGGAGCUAUCAAAUUCAUCAGAAAAAUGGGCCGACAGGUUGCUGCCAGGGAGCCAAGACGGUCAAAAUGGCUUUGAAGUUUAUGCCCACACAAACUGUAACAACGUUGGGCAGUUAUCCUCGAGCUUAGCACCCGUGUCACCCAACCACUACACCGAGGUAGUCACUCCCCAGAGUACCUCCCGCGGAUGCCGACCGGUGGAACUACAUGCAUGGUCUGAAAUUCAUCAGGCGUUGGCUGAGGAAUUCAUCAACGAACUACCGAGUGACACAGUUACGAAACACGCCGACGACGUGCCCAGUGAAGACGAUCGGUCAAUCAUCGAUUCCGUGGCAACCACGUCGGACCGCUUCGAAUCCGACGAAUCCAGUGAAGUAAGGAAUGGUUCAAGUUUCAGACAGCACUCUGAAGAUAAUGAACAAACUCUCUUGGGCGAUUCCGUACCGAAAGUUCGAUCCCGGAGUACGUCUGCCUAUUCUGGAGUGAGUGUGGGGAACGAUCAGAACGAUUUGAAUCGCUGGAAUGAUCUGCGCGCUGCUGUGCGCUACGAACUGGGGCGCGUUGUGGCAAAUGUGCUGGAACAAGCUAAACAGCAAGACUCCUUGGCUCAAGAAUGUCUCGAAGCCAUUACGGAGCUACACCUUCAAAUAACCAAUCCAUCGGUUGGUCCACUGGAGACUCGCUCCCGCAUACUCUCCGCAAAACACAUUGAUCAGCCCUUGGAAUGGACACCAGCUUCCGGUGAAAGCAAUUGUCGAGAUGCUCAACUGUUUCAACAGCUGGCCCAUGCAACCAGAAUGCGGGACACCAGCCCACCACUUGGACGGGAUCCGCUCAUUAGUCCUGAAGCUAUCCAGAUCACAGUUCCACCCACUUUGAUAACUCCCUCAAUGGAGCCCACUGUUCUAGCCAGUCCGGAAGUAAUGUCGGCGCCACAUCUUGUUACAACUUCACCCCCUUGUCAAAUGUCCGCUUGCAACACACCUCCGAGUACUCAUCCACUGGUUCCACCGUUGCUCAAUCGAGAACUGCGGGUGAAACGGCCCGAACCACCCAAGGUGGUUGAAGAGGUGAAAUGGAAGGUUGCGGGUGCAGUGAGUCAACCAGCUCCAACGAAAACUGUGCGUCCAGCAACUCGUCGACCUUCCGGACCUGUGCAGCAAAUUGCGAAGAAAGAUGUAGUUGAAUCUACGCAUUCGGAGAAGCUCAACCCUAGAACAAGCGCUGACUGCUUGUCCGCCCCUACAAGUUGUGUUCCCAACUGUCUUCCUUCGAUUGUACGCUAUGCCGUUUGUGAUAAACCCAACGGUAAAACCGAACCGGCAACAAUCAAGGAUAUGCUACGAGAACAAGCAAAUACCCGAUCAUCGCAACUAGCUCAUUCAACUUUGUUAGCAAAGCCAAAAAGUGUACACACACAUUCGUGUGUACUUCCACCCCUGAGAAAUUCGGUCAAAUCCGACAUUAUCACUGGUGUUGAGGACAAUGACGUGGUCUCCAAAAGUGUGAAAUACGUUACUGUGUUUAGUGCACAAUACAACGACAACUAUCCCACCAAGCAUCAGCGAUCCACUGCCUAUCGCUGUGAGCCCAUCGCCCCCUUUGGUCGCACCCUCAAAAGUUCAAUUCGGUCUGCACCUGGGUCCUCGUCUUCCUUUGAGAAAAAGUCGAGCUCUGAACAAAAACGACAGACUGUUCGCCGGCCUGGUCCGAGUAAUAAACGCGUGCAGAGCAAUGAAUCAGUCACCAAGUUCCAUUCCAGUUCCGAAAAUUUCGUGAAGAAGGCCUCCAGUGGCACUGAUGCCUGUAGGGUGGUUCGUGUGACAACAGAAUCAGCGGACGGAGUACAUGCUAACGAAAAUAACUCCGGUGGUUUUCCUCGUUCUUCUCCCUCACAUAUCGGCUUCGACUCUUUUUAUGGCUGUGAUUACACUAUCCCACAGGAUAAUUGCUGUUGUGGUACGGCGUGUUGCAUUAUUGAUCCUUUUGAUUGA